AUGGACGAAGAGGACGACGACCAGCGCCUGCUGCACAGCCUCGGCGUCACGUCCGCCAACAUCGAGGACGUCCAAACUGAACCUAAGCGCGACGAUGAGCCAGGAGCAGCCGUCGAUGACCCCAGCAGGAGCAAUGUUGCGCCUGAGUCUGAUGCGCAGGCCAAGCUGCACCAGAAGCUGCGCUCGGUGCAACUCGAGAUCAACGCCGUAGCUUCCACCAUUAAAAGAGCUAAGAACGCAGCUGGUAAGAAGGUCGACAGCUCGGACAGUGCUGAUGGACAAGAUAAAAAGAAGCAGAAGCAAGCCGAUGGCACUGCUCAGGACGAACCUCAUGGAGGAGCACUCCAGCAGGCGCUCGCCACCGAGCGCCUUAAAAGCCUCAAGAAAGCUAAAGCUCAGAUUCAGAAAGAGAUAUCGCAGUCGGACCCCAACCCGUCUGGCUCAGACAACCGGAAAGAUAAAAUGCUGGCCAUGCUGGUUGAAGACGAGCCAAGGCGUAAGAAGUUGCUACUGCCGGCUCGAGGACCUAAGAAGAUGUCGGCUCCUAGACUGAAAACCAUGAGUUAUAAUGACGAUGAAGACUUUGACGCAGUGCUUGAUGGGGCUUCUGCAGGAUUUAUGGAAACAGAAAGGGAAGAACUAAUCAGGAAGGGCUUACUGACACCAUUUCACAAGUUGAAGGGCUUUGAGAAGCGUGUCGAGCUGCCUGGACCUUCUCAUAGGCAAAAUGAUCCCUCCGAACAAGCUGAAGAAACAAUUGAAGCUUCCAGGAUUGCUAGAGUCGCUCAGUCAAUGCAGCAGAUUGCACAAAGUCGCCCAACGACCAAAUUGCUUGAUCCAGAAUCUUUACCUAGGCUGGACGCACCUACUGCUCCAUUUCAAAGGCUUGGAAGGCCUCUAAAGCGUCCUGUAUCUCCUAGUUCAGAAGAACAGGAAAGGAAGAGACAAAGGAAUAAGACCAAGAGGCCCUUGCCUGACAAGAAAUGGAGGAAAGCCAAUUCAAGGAAGGAAUCAUUAUUGGAAACUGACGAUGAGGAUGUUGGGGACUUCGUGGCAUCAGUUUCUGAGGAAGAUGAUCAAGCAGCAGAAGGUUUUGAUGGGUUAUCUCCUGUUAUCCUUGAAGGUGGUUUGAGAAUUCCUGGCACAAUUUAUGAACAGCUAUUUGAUUACCAAAAAGUGGGAGUGCAGUGGUUGUGGGAGUUACACUGUCAAAGGGCUGGUGGAAUUAUUGGAGAUGAAAUGGGCCUAGGAAAAACUGUGCAAGUCUUAUCAUUUCUUGGUUCUUUGCAUAACAGCAGCAUGUACAAGCCCAGCAUCGUUAUUUGUCCUGUAACACUUCUGCAACAGUGGCAAAGGGAGGCCAGUAGGUGGUAUCCAAAGUUCAAGGUGGAGAUCUUACAUGAUUCUGCAAAUGGUUCAAGUAAAAAGAGCAAGGCAUAUAGUGAUUCUGACAGCGAAGGUUCUUGGGAUAGUGAUCAGGAAGAGGUUAGACGUGCAAAGCCUGCAAAGAAGUGGGAUGACUUGAUUUCACGGGUUGUAAAUUCAGGAUCAGGUUUGCUUUUAACCACAUAUGAGCAGCUAAGAAUCUUAGGGGAGAAGUUGCUUGAUAUAGAAUGGGGAUAUGCUGUGUUGGAUGAGGGUCAUCGUAUAAGGAACCCCAAUGCUGAGAUAACGCUGGUGUGCAAGCAACUGCAGACUGUGCACAGGAUAAUCAUGACAGGUGCACCUAUUCAGAAUAAACUUUCUGAGCUCUGGUCUCUUUUCGAUUUCGUGUUCCCUGGAAAACUAGGUGUGCUGCCUGUAUUUGAGACUGAAUUUUCUGUGCCAAUUACUGUUGGUGGUUAUGCUAAUGCGACACCAUUGCAAGUGUCAACAGCAUACAGAUGCGCUGUUGUUCUGCGUGAUCUUAUCAUGCCAUACCUUCUUAGACGGAUGAAAGCUGAUGUCAAUGCACAGCUCCCCAAGAAAACAGAGCAUGUCCUUUUCUGUAGUUUAACUCCAGAGCAGCGUUCAACUUAUCGUGCUUUUCUUGCUAGUUCAGAGGUGGAACAAAUAUUUGAUGGCAAUAGAAAUUCACUGUAUGGUAUAGAUGUCCUAAGGAAGAUAUGCAAUCAUCCUGAUCUACUUGAGAGAGAACAUGCUGCUCAGAAUCCUGACUAUGGGAAUCCUGAAAGAAGUGGAAAGAUGAAAGUAGUAGAGCAAGUUCUCAAAGUCUGGAAGGACCAAGGCCACCGAGUUCUUCUGUUCACUCAAACUCAACAAAUGCUUGACAUUUUAGAGAACUUCUUGACGGCCUGUGGCUACCAAUACCGAAGAAUGGAUGGACUAACACCUGCAAAACAAAGGAUGGCACUAAUGGAUGAGUUCAAUAACACAGAUGAAAUCUUUGUUUUCAUUCUGACCACAAAAGUUGGUGGAUUGGGUACAAACCUGACUGGUGCAAACAGGAUUAUUAUUUAUGAUCCGGACUGGAACCCUUCAACAGACAUGCAGGCUAGAGAACGUGCAUGGCGAAUUGGGCAAACUAGAGAUGUAACGGUUUACAGACUGAUCACACGUGGGACGAUAGAGGAGAAAGUCUAUCACCGACAGAUAUACAAGCAUUUCCUUACUAACAAAGUACUGAAAAACCCUCAGCAGAAGAGAUUCUUUAAAGCCAGAGACAUGAAGGAUUUAUUCAUAUUACAAGACGACGAAGGGAACGGUUCAACUGAAACAUCAAAUAUUUUCAGCCAGUUGUCUGAAGAUGUGAAUAUUGGGGUUCCAAAUGAUGGUCAACAAGAUCAGGCUCAUAUUGCUUCGGCUUUGCCAAGCACCAGUGAAGCUGAACCAUCUAAUGGAGGGGAAGGGAGAGUGGACGUUAACUCUGACCAAGCAGAUGAAGAAUCGAACAUUUUGAAGAGUCUUUUUGAUGCUCAAGGCAUUCAUAGUGCUAUCAAUCAUGAUGCCAUAAUGAACGCUAAUGAUGACCAGAAAGUGCACUUAGAAGCAGAAGCUUCACAGGUGGCACAAAGGGCAGCUGAAGCUUUACGUCAAUCACGGAUGCUCAGAAGCCGUGACAGUUUUGCUGUUCCCACAUGGACCGGAAGAUCUGGUGCUGCUGGGGCACCCUCCUCUGUUCGCAGGAAGUUUGGGUCCACAGUUAACAUCCAGUUGACCCGUUCCUCACAGCCAUCAGAAACUUCCAGCAGCAGGAGUCAAAGUCUUCCAGUGGGUGCUCUGAAUGGCAAGGCACUGUCAUCUGCUGAACUUCUGGCUAAGAUUCGUGGAACCCGAGAGGGAGCUGCUUCAGAUGCCUUGGAGCAUCAGCUCAACGCAGGAUCAGCUUCCAAUCAUGUAUCAAGUCCAUCUGGGAACGGCGGCCGCAUAUCUAACUCUUCUAACAGAAGCAUGAUCGUGCAACCAGAAGUCCUGAUCCGCCAGUUGUGCACCUUCAUACAGCAUAGCGGUGGGUUUGCCAGCUCCACGAGCAUAACGGAACACUUCAAAAGCCGCAUUCAGUCCAAGGAUAUGCUUCUCUUCAAGAACCUGCUGAAGGAGAUAGCAACUUUGCAAAGAGGCGCGGACGGUUCUAUGUGGGUGCUGAAACCUGAUUACACGUGA